UCUCUAUCCCUCUUUCUCUUUCUCUAUCUCUCCCCGAAUGUCUCCUCGCCGCCGCUGCCACCCGCUAUUUCCGCGCGACGCGUGUUCGCCGCACGAUCGGGACCCGCGUGUGCCCCGUGAGUGUCGCCGUGACUCGCUGUGAGAGGGUUAAUGAGUGCGCGGUGCCUCGACAAGGAAUAGUUGAGUGAUAAUUAAACGUUAGAAGAAAGCGAAAAAAAAAACGGAAAGAAAGAAACGAAGGAUAAUAUUCAAGACGGUCUGUCGACGAUUACUUGUAUACGACGUGUAUUUUGUGACGACGCGAUUGUUCACAAGUGGAUUUUCAAUGUGAAAACAACAUCUCUCGUGCGUGGUGUGCGAUAAGAGAAACCGGAGUACAGUGCACUGUGAGGAAGCGAUUUGAUUUUCGAUCUCGCGCGCGUUUUGCGCCAAAUCCGAUUCUCUCUUCUCUCCUUGGAGUUGAACGACUGCAGUCGGAGGCGGUAAAAAAUCGAGCCGAAUCAUCAUGGAUUGGAUUGGUCUGACCAGCUUGUUAUUGUUCUGCCUCGGACGGAUCAGGGAAACAAACGGUUUGAGGAUGCUGGAGCUGAUAGUGCCGCAGCACGCGGUGCUCGGGCAAAAUGUAAGCCUCGAGUGCAACUUUAAUCUGGACGGCGAGAAGCUGUACUCGGUCAAGUGGUACAAGGACGGCAACGAAUUCUACCGAUUCGUACCUCAGGAGAAGCCACCUGUUCUGGUGUUCCUCCAACCCGGUGUCUCAGCAGUCGUUCACGAAUCCACUCAACGAAUGGUCAUCCUUCGUUCCGUGAACCUCAUGAGCACGGGACGCUACAGAUGCGAGGUUUCAGCGGAGGCACCGUCUUUCCAGACCGUUUCCGACCAUUCGGAUAUGACGAUAAUCGCCCUCCCGGAAGACGAACCCGUUAUCACGGCACGACCCGGGAAACAUCGUUAUCAAGUCGGCGACGUCGUGCGGUUCAAUUGCACUUCGACGAGGUCGAAGCCACAUGCUACGCUCAGCUGGUUCAUCAACGGCGACCCUGUCGAGCAGCAGUCCUUGAAGUCUUACCCCGUCGACGUGGACCGGAACGAUCUAGAGACUUCCACACUCGGUCUAGAGUUCCGUCUGCGCUUGAAGCACUUCAAGAAGGGAGACUUGAAGAUCAAAUGCCUGGCAAGAAUAUAUACCGUAUAUUGGAAAUCGAAUGAGCUCAGCAUAGAGGGUGAGAGGCCUCUGAAGAUACCGGUAAUGGAGAGUAGGGAGACAAGGGCGCAAGGGCACACGCACGCCGAGCACAUCCUAGCAAGCGGAAGUAUAGCGUUAGGACCGUGCGUUAUGUUGGUGAUUAUGGGAUUACUGAUGCUGCGGUAAGGAUUGAAGAUACCAUUCGCCCUUCGUGCUCAUCCCCUAGGCCUGUGGAAGCCAUCCUCGUAACGCGAUAUGAUUACGUAAUACAAAAUUAUCCAUGUUGUUUAUAUUUUUUUAUAAUUGCAAUUAGUGAAAUUAGAGAUCAUGUAAUAAUUGUAGACAGAUGACACUAUCUCUCGAAUUACGUUAGACUUUCGACUCGAAUCUUUAGGGGGAGUUUUCGUUGUAGAGGGACGAUAGAUACUUUUUUUUCCAGGAAUGAUUAAAAAAUUAUCAAGAAAAUUUUCGACGACUCGGUUGUUCAAUUUUCACGUUACACAAAUUAUGUCUCGCAUACAGUGCGUGAAAAGCACGACGGACCCGUUAUUCCGUUGUAUUCAUCGAAGAAUUAUACAUAUAUAUGCACUGUCAUGUAUUGAUCUAUCGUUUAUCAUGAAAAUUCGGAGUCGCGACUUUUUACAUUGCUUGCAGCGACUCAUGCGUAAAGUACAUAAAUCAAUUUUUCUUCAGGUACACACGCGCGUGCACUUCGUUUGAAUAUACAUAUCUGUGUGUGGCUAACGCAUAUCUACCAUGCAAACUAUGGCGCGGGUCCGCGUUUUAUUGAAUUUUCAUUAACUGUGCCACGUCUGGAACGAUAAAAUGCAAGCGCAACUGAGUUUUUCAAGACAAUAUAAUAUCAACGAUUUAACUAUACACGAAAAAAUUCUUCACAAAUUUUCAAAUUAGA